CUUUGUGUUUGUAAAUAUUCGAUUGCCACCAAAAUCAUGCUGGUCCAGGGUCUUCUUCCGUGAUUCAUUCAGUUCCGCUCAAUGGAAGGACCCAACCUGGACCACUCGACUGCGAUUCCGGGAUCGGUAGUGGAGAAAUUGGCGCCCCAUCAGCUCGAAGGAAUUCGGAUUAUUCACCGCGGACUGGCACAGAAUAACGGGUUUAUUCUGAACGAUGAAUCAGGCCUGGGGAAAACGCACCAGGUAAUCGGGUAUUUAUCGGCCGUAAGUGCAAGCUCUGAUAAGAUUGCAAUAAUCUGCAGCAGUUUGCAGAGGAUACAUCACUGGAUUUAUCACAUUGAACUGCUUACUAAAUUGGACUUUACUGUUGCUGGAGAAAACAUUGGUUUAUCAGAUUAUGCAUAUCAUCAGAUAGUUCUUACAACGAGCGAAAAUUUCCAUCUUCUAUCUAAGCAAGUUGCAAUCAAAUUGCUCGUAAUUGAUGAAACAAAAGGAACCAAAUUUGACACCGCGUUGCUCAAAGCAAUAGCAAAUUUUACCACGGCGAAAAAGUUGUUUCUCCAAAGCAAUAGUUUGAUAGACGAUCUCCCAGAUUUUUCAACAAGACUGAAGAUUUGCCGUGUGCAGUAUUUUGCGGAAAUACUGCAAGAUUUAAUUAACCAGAUACUUCUAUCGAAGCGAUCGCCCAAAAAGGCGCAAAAGUUGAAGCUUUUCUUCCUGACCAGAAGUGUCUACAUCCGGCGUUUCAAGUCAAACUACAAGCGAGAUCUUCCUUUGGUCGAAAAGGGCACGUUCAAGUCUAACCUUGAGGCUUGGAAACUUGCAAGAGGAUUCCAAAUUGAACCCGAAGCCGUACCAACUCAAAGAUUUGCUGAGUUCACCAUGGACACCAUUGAAGCGAAGAAACCCGUCUUGGAACCAUUCGACGGAGGAGAACACGCGACUGAAGCCGACGAAGAUGCUAGCUUGAAUCGAGCACUGAUUGGAGAGGAAGGCAACGAAGAUGUCGAUGCCGUGGAAGCAGCCACAUUGGUUCAUAAAGAGAGCGAACCGCUUUUCGAUUUUGAAGCAAGCACGGAGGAUAUGCCACACUUGGUAGUGGAAAGCUCGGAUUCCGAGAGCAAAGUGUCCACAUGCACCGUUCCUGAGAUGCCACAAGUCUUGCACUUUAUUCCAGGCUCUCCAUCCAGAUCUCCGGCCACAAACUUUGAAGUACCUGAAACGGAAUCAUCCUCACAGAAGACUGAACAACAAACGGACUCGGAAGGCUACCUCGAGUUCGGACAGGCCCUGGGUUGUUGCAACUCGGAAUCGGAAAUUUCCGCGGAUACAGUCAUUGGCAAAGCCGAUCACCAGCCCUCGAUUCUAGAGGAAAAGUACAACUUUCCGAUCGAUCGUUUUCUGCGCCGAAAGUCCUCGUCCUCGAGUGAGGCUCAGAUUGUGUCAAAAGAAAGUGUCGCCAAAAGCCCAGCCGUAUUUGUGUCCAGCUCAAGCUCGAACGGUCCAGCACGGGAAAAAUCGCCUGAUUUGUUUACCGAUACCGAAGAUGAGCUGGAUGAGACGGCAAAGAAAGACUCAAUCGACGAUACGAUAACAAAGCUGCUUAUGAAAAGUCCUGUUGAUUUGGACAAAACAGUGUCUCAACCCGCCCCCAAAUUCCCAAAGAAUAACGUAAGCACGCCAAUAUCUAAGCUCAUUCACGCACAACUGCAAACAACACCCGGAAGUUCAACCCAAGACGCCUCGUCCGAUGACAUGUUUGCCGAUGUAACGGUACGAAAAGCUGCAGAUCCCAACCGCACGGACGUGUUCGAAAUAACCGACAACAACGCGUUUGGCAACCAAAUUUUAGUACACACCGAACGAGCCUGCAUGUCCCCGCUGCAGCAAGACUCGGAAUCCGAUGUUCAAUUCGUAAGUGUGGUUCGCCAACCGGACGAUCCGAUCGAGAUCGUAGAUCUAGACACGGAAGUGAGCACACCGAAAAGUCAAACCGGAAGAAAUGUGCAUAAAACGCCAUCGACGACCGGUUCGGGCGGAACUCCCCGUGGCUGGUUGACCAAGAGUAGCCGCCACUCAUCGGACGGUGGUUCGCCGCGUACACCAACAAACUCAAAACGCUCAACCAAGUGCCGCCGAAGCGACCACGGCAGUGGAAGUGGCUUCAAGCGUAAGAAACUUGAUAACUGGUUCCAAGACGAUGACGAUCGCGGUGCGGACGGCGAACGAGCUUCGACGAGCGUGAACAAACGAAAAUCGGCUCCGGGAGGAAGCGGAGGUGGCAGUAGGAAGGUCUCGCCGCGGAAAAAGUGUUUCCAAGAGAGGGUUUUACACCGAUUUAAUCAAAUUCUAGUGUCACCAACGGGGUUUGAUAGUGACUUUGAAUAAGUGUGUCUGUUUUUUUUUGCAGUUGAGUAUUAUUAAUAAAACAUGUUUACCUACAAUAAAGCA